AUGUUUACGUACUUGCGAAAACCUAUCCCCCAGAAUCUCCUCACUUCGCCAGAGGCAUUUCGGUACUUUGAGGUUGGAAUGUUUUGGAUGGGAUGGAUGGCUCCUCAAGGGAAAGAAGUAUUAUAUUAUAUUGUAUCGGCUUUCCUAAUAGCUUGGUGCGUUAUCUAUCUGCCCGUUGGAAUCAUUAUUUCCUUUGUCAAGGAUAUUAAGACCUUCAAUCCCAGCGAACUACUGACUGUUCUACAGCUCUUUUUCAACUCCUUCGGAACGCCCUUAAAAAUCUUAUUCUUCAAGCUGCACUUUUGGCGAUUUGUCAAGGCCCGAUAUCUCUUGGAACAAAUGGACCAACGAAGCACUAGUCUUAAAGAGCGAUUCGAAAUCCAUCGAUGCGUGGUCAACUGCAACAGGGCCUAUCUCAUAUACCAGUUUAUGUAUUUCGGCUACACUAUAUCCACUUUUAUAUCGGGUGCUAUAUCGGAGUUCCUGCCCUGGCGCAUCUAUAAUCCCAUUGUGGAUUGGCACGAAAGUAUAAAGAGUUUCUGGAAGGCUCUGCUUCACGAGACCCUCCUGAUGUUAUUUUCCGUAUCUCAAACCCUAUUGACUGAUAUCUAUCCACUAAUUUAUGGAUUGAUGUUGAGAACGCACCUCAAUCUACUGAGGCGAAGGGUUGACAAACUAUGCACGGAUCCCGAAAAAAACGAUGAAGAAAAUCAGGAGGACUUGGUGAACUGCAUAAGGGAUCACCAGUUAAUAAAGGAAUUUGCUCAAGUAAUACGACCCGUCAUCGCUCGCACUAUCUUCGUUCAAUUUCUACUGAUCGGCCUUCUUUUGGGCUUGUCCUUGAUAAAUCUGCUCUUCUUUGCCGACUUUUGGACCGGUUUGGCCACAGUGGCUUACAUAAAUGGGCUAAUGUUCCAAACAUUUCCGUUCUGCUUCGUUUGUGACCUGAUCAAGUCGGAUUGCGAACUCCUCGAGGCAGCUAUAUUUCAUUCGAAUUGGCCUGGCACCAGUCAAAGAUACAAGUCCUUAUUGAUCUUCUUCUUGCAGAACUCCCAAAAUACAAUUGUCUUUACAGCUGGAUCCAUUUUUUCUAUAUCCACGAGCUCGAAUAUCAAGGUGGCUAAGCUGGCAUUUUCGGUAGUAACUUUUGUCAAUCAACUGAACAUAGCUGACAGAUUGACUAAAAAUUAG